AUGUUGUUUCAAAUAGACAAAUCCAAGUUAUACCAAAAAUUGUUUGAAAGUUUUAAAAAAUCUCAUACAAGUACGAAAGUACAAAAUGUACAAAAGUUAGUUAACGAAGUAUGGCGAAAUUAUAAAUUACAAGCAAAGUCCGACAAGGAACUAGAUAUUAUUGUAUCUAAGAGAAUUGAAGAAGAAUUGCAAACGGCGACUAAGAAUAAUUCCAAUCUACUACAUUUUUUUCCAAGUGCAGCAGAUGAUAAAAGACGAACGGAAUCUAUUCGCAAAGUAAAAACUCUUGAUGAAUGCACACAAGAAUUACGUAAAAUAGGAUUUGACAUUAGUCGCAGUGGGACAUAUCUUCGUUUGAUUCCCAGAAAAUCUAAUUCUGCAGAGGGACGAAGACAUGUAUCGACAGUCCCUGUUAAGCUCAUUCGGGCUCAAACUAAUCACCACAAGAGCCACUUAGACAGCAAAUUCGUUGAAACAUCAAUCCAUUAUUUAGAGAACAUAGCAUCCAUACUUGGACCAGAUCAAGUAUUUUUUAUAUCUCAAGAUGAUAAAGCUCGAGUUCCUAUUGGCGUAACUGCGGCAAAUAAGCAAGCACCUCUUCUAAUGCACAUGGAAUUUAGAAUCAAAUUGCCUGACAACGAUUGGGUAAUCGCUGUGCGUCAUAAAUUAAUACCAUCUGUUUAUGCUUCCACUAUGCUAGGACAACCGGAAGCCGUUGGAUAUUCUGGACCAACAUACAUCGCUAUUCGAAGUGGAAAGCAUACUUCAUCUACUGCUAAUACUCAUACUCAGGAUUUCGACACGCUUCUCGAACUUGAAGAGUUUCGACCAUCAGCUAAAACUGACCAUGGACUAGUAAAACCAGUGCGACAUGACCUCGAUGCAUUGUUUUUAGCUACCAAUGCUCCUGGAAGUGCGUAUAACAGAGUAGCGCGCAGAAUGGCUCCUCUUAGUCGGGAACUGGCUGGUUUAAUAUUGCCUCAUGAUAUUCAUUUGGAUGAACGUGGCGUUAUAAAUGAUGAACAUUUAGAAAGAUCUAAUUUCGAAUUUGCAGGAAAUGUAUUAGCUGAAGUAUGGAGUUCAAUGGAAAUUGAUGGCUAUAAUGUUACUGCAAAAUAUGUUGGGGCAGGUGAACAAGAUCUUUCUGAUUUUCCAGUCAUUAAAUGGUAUUCGGAAAGCCAAUACUUGCUUCAAAUUGUAAAAUGUAGAAAUACAGAAUGCUGUCGUCCAAGAAGUGGCCUAUUCAGAUUACUAGACAACAGGUUUCUUCCACCAACAAACAGUUGA